AUGACCCAGCAUAAUCAACAACAUCCCAUUCGUCCAACCAUUCCUAUUCAGCAGAUUUCGCACUCCCAAAGUACAAAAGGCGUUGACAUCGCCGCUCGACGUCCGGCUCGACGAAAAACUCUCACUAAGAAGGCGAAAGAAAUCAAGCAGGCCGGCGAGAGCGUUCGAGGACUCCUUUUACCACCGGAAAAAUCUGACGAAGAAGAAGAGAGCUCACCUACACUUUUUCGCGCCAAAGCCACCACGAUGCCGAAGAACACAGCAAGAGCCAAUGCGCCCAGCGAACUCUCGAACCUCCCCCGUAGCACGCAGAGGAUCAUGCGCUUUCUUGCAGCAGACAAGUUCAUGAUCUACGCCUGGCAGGUCCCGGUACCGAAGGACUUCACCAACCUGUCCGAGAGCCGCAAGGCGUGGAAGGAGUCGAAGGAUGAGGAGGAAGGGGAGUUGUGGUUCGACGAUGGGUCUGAUGAUUGGUACGAGCACAGCGAUGACGGCGAGAUCCGGCCUAUGGCACGCACGUUCGUCAACCGAGCGAAAGUGGCGUUUCGGAGGGGGAUGUCCUGGGCGGAGUAUGUGAUCGAGGAGAAGAACGCGUACAACGAGUCGAUCGCCAGAGCAAGAUUCCCGGUCGCAUCCAUGGCGAUUGUUCUGGAUGGUCAUCUGCGGCUGGAAGUCUUCCAUGCGCUGAAGAAGCGGUUACGAGAGGAGAUCUGGUUGGAACCACACAGGGAUACGCCGGCGGUGUUGAUGAUUCCAGUUGGUAAUCCGAAGGAGAAGGUUGACAGCGCGAUGCCAACUCCAGUAACGCCGCAUGGAAUGGGGCCAAGGCAGAACGUCGCGCCUACUGCGAAGGAGGCGGCGAGAGGGAUCAAGGGCUGGACUGUGACUGCGGAUGGGAUGAGGCAGCCAUUCUAUGAGGGAGAGGAUGAGGCGCCGCGGAGUAUCCUUGAGAAGGUGACCGACGAGCGCGCUAAGAGGGCCAGGCGAGCGGUGUCGCCGUUGAGUUGA